GCGGGGGAAGCAGCGGCAUUAUCAUCCGAGCCAUCGAGGAGGACGCCACGCCGCGGACCAUUCCCUAUUAUUUCGCCAUUAGGAGAGGACCCACGCGGACUUAAAAUGGUAAAGGAGGAGUACGAGGACGACAUGGGAGAUGGCCACUCCGGGCACGCCAGCAGAGGCCGCGGGGACCACUCAGAGCACUCUGAGCCGGAACAGAUGCGGAAGCUCUUCAUCGGAGGGCUGGACUACCGCACCACCGACGACAGCCUUAAGGCCUACUUCGAGCAAUACGGCGAGAUCGUGGACGUUGUUGUGAUGAAGGACCCCAAGACCAAGCGCUCCCGUGGAUUCGGCUUCGUGGCUUUCUCCCAGGCUUAUAUGGUGGAUGAGGCACAGAAGAACAGGCCCCACAAGAUCGAUGGGCGUUCCAAGUCGAAUAAAAGAUAAUAUUUACACCCACAGAUCGAUGACGAGAUUGGCAAGCCCGAGGCCGGCGUGACAGUCAAGAAGCUCUUCGUGGGCGGCAUCAAGGACGACGUGGACGAGGACGACCUGCGCGAGACCUUCAGUCAGUUCGGCAACGUGGUGUCUGUGAGCAUUCCCACCGAGAAGGAGUCUCAGAAGAAGCGCGGGUUCGCCUUCGUGGAAUUCGAGGACUAUGACGCGGUGGACAAGGCCUGCUUGCACAAGAACAUCCAGCUGAAGGGCAAGCGCGUUGACGUCAAGAAGGCCCUCAGCAAGAACGAAAUCCAGAUGCAACAGCGCAACCGGAUGGGCGGCAUGGGUGGCAUGGGACGUGGGGGUGGCAACGGCCCCUGGGCAGGCAACCGCAACGACAGCUGGGGCAACAACCAAGGUGGCGGAUGGCAGGAGGGAUCCGCUGCUACCGGGUUAAGAUCUGAACCUCAUACUCAAAGCGAAUACUUAGAUACCCAACCAAAGUCUUCGUACAACCGCAGCGGAUGGGGCAACCAAGGAAACUACGGCACCCCCAACCAGGGCGGACCAGGCGGGUACAACCAGGGUGGCUACGGCAACCAGGGUCCGUGGCAGGGCGGCCCCCCCAACAACCAGGGGUGGAACAACCAGGGUAACCAAGGAUGGAACCCCCAAGCCAACAACUAUGGCAGUACACCCAACAGCUGGGGACAAGGACCGAACGACUUUGGCAACAACUACGGGCAGAGUUACGGUGGCGGCCCCAUGAGAAACCAGGGAUACGGCCAGGCAAACCGCUCCACCCCAUACAAUGCUGGUGGCUACAACAACCCCGGCAACAGCGGACCUAACAGCUACGGCGGGGGUGGCGGGAGCGGAGGUGCCGUCAAUAUGAAUCAAGGCCCGAACCGCCGCUACUAGGCUGUUGAACGAGAGGGGGGGGGGAGGGGGCGACCUGUGGGGUAAGUACCGGCCCUUUACUCCCUUGCUCCCUACUCACUCGCCCUCACUCAUCCCUCGCCUCGCCGAUUCACUCACUCAUCCGUAUUGCCAUGUUAUUGUCACCCAUUGCAGGCAACCCUCGCUACACGCAUAUACACCUUCCCGUAUGCAAAUAUAAUCUUCUAACUUGUUAUAUACGUAUGCAAUAUUUAGUUAUACGUAUGAAACCUACACUUGGAAAUUUAAAUAGCAUACUAGCUUAUUUAUUUGCGAUUAUAGGUAUACAUACAAACUGCUUGGAAAUAUAAAACACAUCAUAUUUUAUUCAUAUCCGAUCUAUACUUAUUCAUAAGUAUGUAAACUACACUUGGAAAUUUAAAACUACUAUUUUAUUCAGUUUCGAUUUUUACUUUCUAUGUAUGUAAAGUACACUUGGAAAUUUAAAACACAUACUAUUUUAUUCAUUUCCGAUCUACACUUUGUCAAAUGUAUGGAAAGUACACUUGGAAAUUUAAAACACAUACUAUCUCAUUCAUUUCUGAUCCAUACUUUGUCAAAUGUAUGGAAAGUACACUUGAAAAUUUAAAACACAUACUAUCUCAUUCAUUUCUGAUCUAUACUUUGUCAAAUGUAUGGAAAGUACACUUGGAAAUUUAAAACACAUACUAUCUCAUUCAUUUCUGAUCUAUACUUUGUCAAAUGUAUGGAAAGUACACUUGGAAAUUUAAAACACAUACUAUCUCAUUCAUUUCCAAUCUGUACUUUGUCAAAUGUAUGAAAACUAUGCUUGGAAAUUUAAAACACAUUAACUCAUUACAUUUCCGGUCAAAUCAUCCGUCAAUAACUUUUUGCUUUCUUUCUUUUCGUCAUUGAUUAAAUCAUCCACCAGUAACUUUUUGCUUUAUCUUUUCGUCAUUAAUGAAAUCAUCCACCAGUAAUGCCCCAAUCUCUAUUUUCACCAUUCCAAUUGUCACCCGUAAAAAUUUUUGGGAGGCGGCUUCUCCUGCAUGUACCGAGGGUCACCCAAGCCAUCCUACAUCGUCCAUCCCACACCACUGUUACCAUCACUGUUACCUCAUGCCGCUGUAGGUUAUUUAUGCUGCUAUAUUAUUUUUUGUUGAAUUACCAAUGCAUUUAUUAUUAUUGCUUAAGUCAUGAAAUACUGUUUUUGAGAAAGUUUGAUAUUGAGUACAAUGAUCUAAGAGAAAUAUUUAUAUACCAUGUAAAUAUUUGACUAACCUUUUUGAGAUAAUGUUGACUAAUUUAUGAUUUUCCACCACACAAUAGGUACAUAGCAGGUUAGCCAUGAGGCAGGCAGGCAGAGGCAGGGCUUGAGUCAGGGCCCAGUCAGUCAGGAUAAGCUAGGACUGGUGAGGCAGGCGGGCAGCUGAGCUAGGGAGAUAGACAGCCAGGCUCCGCAACACUCCAGGAGCCAUUCAAGCAACAUUCCAUUCUCGCCGCAAGGACUAGCAACCACUGGCCUCUCUAGGGAAGACACAUUGACCUUUUUUUCCAUUUUUUUCUCCUUUUUUUUUAUAUUUGUGCUUGCAUUUUAUAUAUCUAGGAUAAUGUGUAGUAUAAUAAAAAAAAAAAAAAUCUCAUAUAUUGAAAUAACCCCACAACCAAAGCCUAGACAGUUCUUUGUAUUAUGUGUGCAGAAUUGUAAUUUUCAUUUUACAAAUAAAUUAAUCCUAAGA